AAAAAAAGAGAGAGAGAGAGAGAGGAGAAGAAAAGGUAAAGAGGAAAGGAGAAAGGCCAGCAAUGGAACAUAGGAUGGGGAAAUUUCCAAUGGCCGAGCAAAAAAACUCCGAAAAAAUUAGCUAUAAUCCUGUAGAUAUUAGGAACAAGAACUCGAGCUCUACAAACCCGAGAUUUCCUCAAGGUCCCUCCAAUUCUUUCUUUCCUUGUGAUAAAAAUAUUGCAGUUGGAGCACGACCUGUUCUCAACUAUUCCAUCCAAACCGGUGAGGAGUUUGCUCUCGAAUUCAUGUGGGAAAGGGUGAACCCCAAGCAGCAUUAUGUUCCAAGUUGUGCCUCUGUCGAGGCCGAUAAUACACCUUAUGGUGCAUCUUUUGCUGGUCCCGAUGCCUCAUCUUUUCCUCGUGUCGAAAAGGGUAACAUACAAAAUCCAGUGACUAAUAUUUCCUUAAAAAACCCGAAAAGUUCUUCUAUGAAGUUUCUGUGCAGUUUCGGGGGCAAAAUCUUGCCUCGUCCGAGUGAUCGGAAACUUAGAUACGUCGGGGGAGAAACGCGCAUUCUGCGCAUCGGAAAGAAUAUCUCGUGGGACGAGCUUAAGCAGAAGACUAUGGCUGUGUACGAUGAGCCUCAUUCCAUAAGGUAUCAGCUACCGGGCGAGGAUCUUGAUGCUCUUGUCUCGGUGUCUUGUGAUGAAGACCUGCAGAAUAUGAUUGAGGAGUGUAAUUUGCUGCGAGGAUCUCAUCAAAAGCUCAGGGUCUUUCUCAUCUCCAACAACGAUUCAGUCGAGAGAAUGGAGGGUGAUUCUGAUGUGCAGUAUGUUGUGGCAGUCAACGGUGUGGAUUUCCGAAAGCCAGAAAGCCAUCUGGGGAAUAAUUUGACCGGUCAACUUUCUUCGACCUUACCACGUGCUUUUGAGUCCAAAUCAUCACUCGAUUACCAGGUCAGCACUGUCAGUCGUGAACAGCCCCAACGGCUUUUGUCAGCUGCUAUCCAGCAAACUGGCGAUGAAAACUUUGUCCCAGAUUAUACCUUUGAGAAAGUGGUUCCUGAGGAGGCUUCUCAGCCUAACAAGAGUUUGAGUUCUAAGGCAGCUGGAGUAUCAGGGGUGGAGGCAAAAAUCGACAAUAAAACCGUGGUGCAGAAAAAGAAUGAAUCUGAAAAAAGCAUUUCUCCAGAUAUUGAUGUACAUCAGAUUGAUUCUUCUGCCAAAACGCAAUCUCUUUCUGAAGGGAAGACUAUCUCUUCAUCAUCAAUUACCAACAAAUCAGAGGGAAAGGGCUGUGAAGAUGUGACGGAUCACAUGCCUCCAAUUAGCGUUCAGGAUGAAAAUGUGAAUAAGCUUCAUGGCAGUGAGGUUUCUCAUACACCAACUCGUGCUGAAUCUGAGACAUAUCACAAUAACAUCAUUUAUGCAGCAGAUGUUCUCCCUCGUCCGUUUUUCCAUUCAGAAAGAAUACCAAGGGAGCAGCUGGGGCUUAAUCGUUGGUCGAAAUCUGAUGAGUCUGUUGGUCCACAGUUCGUAAUCUGUCACUCCCACUCGGACCUUUCGCAACAAAUCACGGAUUCAGUCCACAAUUUGACUGAACGGAAUGCAACAGAUUCCCUGGCUAAGGAAGACAAAAUAAAUGUAUCUCAGAAAUCAACACGUGAUACUGAUGGAGACAAAAAAGAGACAAAAAAUCACAAGGCCGAGCAGAUAGCUGAAAAGAAUAUCCAAGAUGAACCUGCUAAUCCAAACAAAACGAAUCAAAACGGUGAAAAUGGCCCUUCAGAAACUGUUUCUCAAAGUAAACCGGGUUUGAGCGCUGGCGUCUCAGAGCAUGGGGACAUCCUUAUUGAUAUCAAUGACCGUUUUCCUCAGGACUUUUUAUCCGAUAUAUUUUCCAAGGCUAGAACAUUAGAGAGUGCUGCUGGUUUUGCACAGCUGUAUGGAGAUGCAGCCGGUUUGAGCGUGAACAUGGUUAAUCAUGAACCUAAACGGUGGUCAUAUUUUCAGAAUCUAGCACGAGACACCUCGGGGAAAGAUUUUUCUCUUAUGGAUCAAGAUCAUCCUACCUUCUCAUCUUCACAGCCGAAAAUUGGAGAUGAUGAUGAAUCCAUUGAUUAUGGUCACACCCCUUUUGAAGCUGGUUCAGCUGCAGCUGAUCAAAGGCAGUUAUCCGAACCUUUGAGGCCCGACACCAUGAAUUUGCCUUCGGAUUACAUUGUUUCUCACACUACUGGUGCUCAAACUCAGGCUCCAGGGCCUAAUCAUCAGCUUCAGGAUGAAAACGGAGCAAUUCAGCAAGCAGGCUUCCCGCUUCUUGACUACACCCUUGGACAUUUUGAUCCCAGCUCUCUGCAGAUUAUAAAAAACAGUGAUCUCGAAGAAUUGAGAGAACUAGGUGCUGGAACAUAUGGCACAGUUUAUCAUGGUAAAUGGAGGGGAAGUGAUGUUGCUAUCAAAAGAAUCAAGAAGAGCUGUUUUCUCGGCCGCUCGUCCGAGCAGGAGAGACUUACAGCUGAGUUCUGGCAUGAAGCCGAGAUUCUAUCAAAGCUUCACCAUCCAAAUGUGGUGGCUUUUUAUGGUGUAGUGCAAGAUGGGCCAGGCGGGACACUUGCGACUGUCACAGAGUUUAUGGUCAAUGGGUCCCUUAGACAUGUUUUGAUUUCCAAAGAUAGGCAUCUUGAUCGACGCAAGCGGCUCAUUAUAGCAAUGGAUGCAGCUUUCGGGAUGGAAUAUCUGCAUUCGAGGAACAUUGUGCACUUUGAUUUGAAAUGCGAUAACCUGCUCGUUAACUUGAAGGAUUCUUCCCGACCCAUAUGCAAGGUGGGCGAUUUCGGCUUGUCAAAGAUCAAGAGAAACACAUUGGUUACAGGUGGGGUCCGCGGGACCCUUCCAUGGAUGGCUCCCGAGUUGUUAAACGGUAGCAGUAGCAAGGUUUCGGAAAAGGUUGAUGUCUUCUCCUUCGGGAUUGUCCUGUGGGAAAUUCUGACGGGCGAGGAACCUUACGCCAAUAUGCAUUACGGAGCAAUCAUUGGUGGUAUAGUGAACAACACAUUGCGGCCGCCAGUGCCGAGCUUUUGUGAUCCCGACUGGAGACUACUGAUGGAGCAGUGCUGGGCCCCCGAUCCGUUUCUUCGCCCUUCCUUCACCCAGAUUGCUCGCCGUUUACGUACAAUGUCCUCUGCAAAACCACACAAUCAUCACUUACCUAAUAAGUGAUUUGUUCAACAUCUCAUCAUAAUAUAUAUAUAUAUCCACACACAUAUUGGUUUUUUAUAAUUAUUGUCCUGUCUACAAUAUAUAUUUUGUACAUUAUGAGUGCCACAGAGGAAUACCUGUUUUGGGAUAAUGCAUACAUGUAUUUUUCUUGAGAAUUAUUAUUGUUUGUAAUAAAUUAAGAACAGCAUUUGCUAUGUGUGUAUGCACAAGUUUCCAACA